AUGGAGGCAUUUUUGGAUGCUGGAUUGGAUUUUUGCCUGGAUGUCGUUAAACAGUGUUGGUCUGGCUCCCUUCCUGGUUCGUCUCUCAAGGUUUUAUCGGAGAAGCUCCGAAAGACAAAACAAGCGCUUCGCCAAUGGUCUAGGAGUUCUUUUGGGGAUAUAUUCUUGGAGAUUCGGUCGGCGGAGCAAAAGGUAGCAGAGGCUGAACUAGCCCAUGAUGACAACCCUUCCGAGGAAUUACUGAUACAACUACACAAGGCACGAGCUCGGUUGCGCAAUGCUUUGGUGGUUGAAGAAGAGUAUUGGAAGCAGAAAGCUCGGGUUAAGUGGCUGGCGGACGGUGACCAGAAUACGGCUUUCUUUCAUUCUGUUGUGACGGAGAGGCGGAGAAAGUCGGUUAUUCAUCGGAUUCGGAGGACAAAUGGCGACUGGGUGGACGAUGAGGCAAGUAUUUGUAAUGAGGCCGUCUCUUUCUUUCAGGGUUUGUUUACAGAGGAGGUAAGAAGAGCCUCUAGUGACAUGUUGGAGUUCAUUCCGAGGGUUAUUAAUGAUCAGGAUAACAGCGGGCUGACGGAGAUCCCUUCUAUGGACGAAGUGAAGGAGGUCCUGUUUUCAAUGGAUGGGGACAGUGCCGCGGGUCCGGAUGGCUUUACAGGGAAGUUUUUCACGGCUGCUUGGGAGGUGGUUGCUGAGGAUGUUCACCGAGCCAUAGAGAGCUUCUUUUGUGGCGCGGAGUUGCCGAGAUGUGUCACCGCUACUGCCAUUGUUUUGUUGCCUAAGGUUCUCUGCCCACACGAUUUUACACAAUUCAAACCGAUAAGUUUAUGCAACUUUGUCAAUAAGGUCAUCUCUAAACUCUUAUCCGUCCGACUGGUUAGGGUCCUUCCGCGGAUUAUCUCGCCGCAGAAGAGUGGUUUCGUGCCAGGACGACAAAUGGCGGAUAACUUUCUCUUAGCUCAGGAGUUGUUGAGCGAUAUUAGGAAACCCAACCGGGGAGGGAAUGUGGUGCUCAAGUUGGAUAUGAUGAAGGCCUACGAUAGGGUAUCGUGGCUGUUUUUAAUACAAGUCCUUUGGCGGUUUGGGUUUAGCGAGCUGUGGAUUGAUAUGGUGUGGAGGCUGGUCUCAAAUGUGUGGUUUUCUGUCAUUGUGAAUGGCUCGCUGAAGGGGUUUUUCAAGUCCACCCGAGGUUUGCGCCAGGGUGAUCCGAUAUCGCCGGCUUUGUUUGUCAUUGGAGCGGAGGUGCUUUUGCGUUCUCUGAAUGCCUUGGCGGUGCAUAGGCGUUUCCAUCCCUUCAAAGUUCCGAGUGGAUGCCCUAUGGUCACGCACUUGGCAUAUGCAGACGAUGUGAUCAUUUUCACCAGCGACAUCAAGGCCUCAGUGCAGUUGGUCAAGCAGGUAGUCGAUGGGUAUUGUUCUCUGUCGGGGCAGCGAGUUAACUGUCAGAAGAGUUGUUUUUUGGUGCACCCCAGGGUGCCUCCGCAACGACGAGCAAUGAUCAGGACGGUUACGGGCUUCUCGCACAAGUCAUUUCCUAUCAAAUACCUUGGAUGUCCUCUGUACAUUGGGAGGAGACAAGUGUAUUAUUUUGCAGAUGUCUGCAGUGCGGUAACGGCUAGGAUUUUAUCAUGGAAAAAUCGGGUCCUAUCGUCUGGGGGCAAACUAGUUUUGCUCAGAAGCGUGCUAUCUUCAAUCCCGAUCCACUUGUUAGCGGCGACAUCACCGCCAAAGGCAGUGUUUGUGUCCCUUGAGAAGGUGAUGGCAGCCUUUUUGUGGGGCUCAUCAGAGAUUGGUCCUAGGUGGCAGUGGAUAAGUUGGGGGGAGCUAUGCUGGCCUCCGGAGGCAGGUGGGGUCGAAUUUCGUAGUAUUGCUGAGGUGUAUGACGCACUCUCCAUUAAGCUUUGGUGGAAUUUUCGGCAGCAAAAGUCGCUAUGGGCGCAAUUUCUGUCAGCGAAAUAUUGUAAAGGAGUGCAUCCUUGUUUGGCAGAAGAGGUCUCUUCACAGUCCUACACUUGGCGGAGAUUGAGGUCAGUUCAGGAUUUGGCGGAGGAGCAUAUCGGCUGGGUCCUUGGUGAGGGUUCCAUGGAUUUCUGGCAUGAUAAUUGGAUGGGUACAGGAGCGUUGUGCCAUCGGGUAGAUAUUUUUCAUGAGCAUAGGGUGGCGGAUCUUGUCUUUCAGGCACAAUGGAACUGGCGACUCCUUAAUCAGAUAUUGGCGCCGGAGCUGGUGAGGCAAGUGGUGCAGGUAUCUCCUCCGGCCUCUAGAGGUGCGGAUAGGAUGGUUUGGGCGUUAACGGCUGAUGGGACGUUCUCGGUAGCCUCGGCUUACUCCGUUGUUACAAAGUCGGCUACUUGUUCUUGGGUUGCUUCACAAGUUUGGCUGCAGGGUUGCCCUUUUAAGAUUUCCUUCUUCAUGCUCCGGCUGUUGCGGUCGCGCCUUCCCCUUAUGGACAUGCUACUGAAAUUUGGGGUUCAGGGCCCGUCUAGGUGUCGGUGUUGCUCUGAGCCGGGUGAGGAAGGGAUCCAGCACACCUUCUGCAUGGGGGGAUUAGCAAAGGCUGUUUGGGCUAGUUUUGAGGAAUGUCAGGGGGAGUUGGCUAGGGUUUCCACGGUGUGUCAUCUGGUUGUGCGGUGGUGGUUGCGCCGGGGACAUAAUGUGUACCUCAAGUUCGUAUAUCGAUUACUCCCAAUGCUGGUCUGUUGGGAGUUGUGGAAAGCGCGAAACACAGGGGUAUUUGAGGGGAGGAGAGUGGUGAGUACGGAGGUGGUGCGUCAGGUAUUUCUACAAUUGUGUGCUUUAUUUCAUUGCCGUUUCCCGGAGAUAGAUGGCUCUUUUGGGUCAUGGGAUGCUUUUCACUCGGCAUUGGUGGGUAUGAGGCGGAGGGUUUCUAUUAUUCAGGUGGCACGGGUGGCUCCUACACGAGGGUAUAAAUUGAAUUCAGAUGGAUGCUCUAGAGGGAAUCCGGGGAUUAGUGGAGGUGGAGGUGUGGUGUGUGAUAGGGACGGGAAGCUCAUUUUCGGCUAUUCUUGUUUCUUUGGUUCUUUGACGAGUUUGCAUGCGGAGCUUAGGGCAAUGCUGUUUGGGGUGCGGUUAUGUGUCGCUCAGGGUUUGCAUGGGUUGCAUAUCGAGUCGGAUUCGCUCAGCUUGGUGCGGAUUCUGCAAGGGAGUCAAAGCUGCCCGUGGCGACUCCAACAGGAGAUGUCCGAGUUGAUCAACUAUAAGCCGUACUUCACGGAGAUCACGCAUUGCUAUCGAGAGGCAAACAAGCCUGCUGAUUGCCUGGCUAACAUGGGAGCAGAUUCGGAGCAGGAGAGGGUCUUUACUAGCCUUUCUGCUUUGCCUUGUAAUGUUCAGGGGGAACUGGCUUUGGAGCGCGUAGGGUUUCCUAAUUUUCGUAGGAGGUGGGGUAGAUGA